AUGGCGGACGAAAAUCAGGACAACAUACUCAGCGCGACCUUUCCCGCGCCUCCGCCUUUCUACAAGCACUUCACCCCCGAGAACCGCGCACGCCUAAAAGAGCUCCAAGAUGCCGCAAAAGCCAAAGGCACGUCCGCUGGAGAAGAAUCCCAGCAAUCCGAAGGCGAUGCGAUCAAGUUGCCGGAUCUACCAGCCGAAUUGCGCUACCUUGUUCCCCCGGAACCGCCAACGUCUGGGAAAUACCGGAGCUUCGGCGAUCACUACGAUAUAAAUGAGCCCCUCCCAUCCCUGAAGGAUAUGGGCAUCGAGCAACUCUACCCGUCGGCGCCCGAAACCGAAACGCCCGCAUCACCCUCCUCCGGCGCAGGCACGCAAUCGCAAUGGACGCAUGACCGGGCCUUCUACCUGAAGAAGAUGACACAGUCACUACUCCUCAAUUUCCUGGAGUUUGUCGGUGUCCUCUCUAUCAACCCCGGGCUCUGGCAUGACAAGUUUCAGGACAUUGAGACGCUGCUGCUGAAUUGCCACCACUUGAUUAACGAAUAUCGACCGCACCAGGCGCGAGCGACCUUGAUUACCAUGAUGGAGGAUCAGCUGAACAAGAAGAGGGAGGAAGUCGAGGGCGUUCGGAGGAUGAGGGAAAAGAUCGAGGGUGUAUUGGCAGGGCUGGAACGCGAGGCUGUGGAGGCAGGAGAGGUGUCACUGGAUCAGAAACAGGAAGAGAUGGUCGAUGCGGAGGAGCUCCGGAGAAAGGAACAGAGGGCUGUGUUGCGCGCCUUGGACGAAGAGUUGGCGUUUGAUUGA